CCUCGAUUCCGUCCUGGACCAGAAAUAGCCGGGUUUUACUACCCCACCUUCUUUCGCUCAGUUCCGCGUGGGAAGGAGCAGUAUGCGGCGGUCCGGCAUUUGGAACUGGUCCUAGGGUCGGGCAUUUCAAACUGGUAGAGAGAGAGAGACGGAGACAUAAAUUUGACUUGAGGAGUUGAGAUGAAAACAAGGUGUUGUAGAUAGAGAGGCAGAUGAAAAGUCCUGUAUUUAGGUAGAUUGAGAUAUUUUGAGACUUGAGAGAGAGAGAGGGGGUGACACAGAAGGAACAAUAACACAUAUGACGACCUCUGAAUUGAAUUCGACGCAGAGAUAUGCUGCAGGAGCCUUAAUGGGUUUAGCUCUGAGGCAAGCCCAGAUUCACCAGACUCGACCCUUAGGCUUCCCUCCCAACAACGAUGAAGAAGAAGAAUCCCAUCAUCAUCAUGAUGAUCUCCAUGUCUUGCCUGAGGAAUUAUCCCAGCUUUGGACGCAUCCAAACUAUGGCCUUGUCCGUCCCAUUUUCCGGUUCUUGGAUAUUGAUCCUAUAGCAUGGACUGGACUUGAGGAAACAGCCCUGUCUUCUUCAGCCAAACACCAUAUUGGAGCAUUUCUCAGGCUACUUUCAGAAGAAAAUUGUGAUAAAGAUUCAUCAGAGAAGAUUGAACAGGAGUUUGCACUGUCAAAGGCAGUUGAUGCUGCAACAAUGAGCUUAUUGGAUUCCACCUCCUGUUCAACUCAUAUUACUCAAGGGAGCCAGGAGGUCCAACAUGAGAGGGAUCAAAGAAGUUCUUCAAGCAAUAUGCAAGAGGCUUCUGAAGCAGAUGGUACAACCCCUAGUGUUUUAAAAACAACGAAUCCUAAUAUCUUUCAUGACAGGGAGGGCAAAUUAUUGAUCCAAGAAAAGGAUGGGGAGGACAAGUCUGAGAGCCGGAGUAAUAGCAAUAGUGACAAGCCACUGCAAGAAGCUAAGCUAGUUUGUUAUCAGCGCAAAGUUGCAGUUCUCUUUGAUCUCCUUUCUGCUUGUUUGGCUGACACACCUGAAGAUGAAAAGAAAGCAUCACGGAUCAGGAAGGGUUAUGAUGCACGGCAUCGUAUUGCUCUUCGGUUGUUGGCCACAUGGCUGGAUGUGAACUGGAUAAAAAUGGAAGCUAUGGAGAUAAUGGUUGCUUGCUCUGCAAUGGCUGCAGCAAAAGGGGAUGAAUCACAUACAGAGAAUGUGGAAGCAGAAAAAGGCAAGUGGUCCAAGUGGAAGCGUGGUGGCAUUAUAGGAGCAGCUGCAUUAACUGGAGGAACCUUGUUAGCUGUUACUGGUGGUCUAGCAGCUCCAGCAAUUGCAGCAGGAUUUAGUGCCCUAGCACCUACUCUAGGAGCGCUUGUCCCUGUUAUUGGAGCAAGUGGAUUUGCUGCUGCUGCUAGUGCUGCAGGAUCAGUUGCUGGAUCAGUUGCUGUUGCUGCCUCUUUUGGGGCUGCUGGAGCUAGCCUUUCUGGUAGUAAAAUGGCAAGGAGGAUUGGCGGUAUUGAUGAAUUUGAAUUCAAACCUAUUGGGGAGAAUCAUAAAAAUGGACGACUGGCAGUUGGUAUUUUUGUAUCUGGAUUUGUCUUUGAGGAGGAAGACUUUGUGAAGCCAUGGGCAGGAAAAGAAAGUAACCUAGAGAGAUAUGCACUACAGUGGGAAUCAAAGAACUUGAUCACAGUAAGCACUGCAAUACAGGACUGGCUGACAUCAAGCCUCACAAUGGAACUAAUGAAGCAGGGUGCCAUGUUGACUGUAUUAAAUACACUUGUUGCUGCAUUGGCCUGGCCAUCUACUUUGCUUGCAGCUACCAAUUUCAUUGACAGCAAAUGGUCCAUAGCAGUGGACAGAUCAGACAAAGCAGGACAGCUCUUGGCUGAUUGUUUACUAAAAGGCCUGCAGGGAAACAGGCCUGUGACUCUCAUUGGUUUUUCACUGGGAGCACGAGCAAUAUUCAAAUGUCUUCAGCAUUUGGCUAAAGCAGGAGACAGGGGUGGCCUUGUAGAAAGAGUUGUUCUUCUUGGUGCCCCGGUUUCUAUCAAAGAUGAGCACUGGGAGGAUGCUCGAAAGGUAUUGCAAAAGAUGCCUGCUGAACAUAUCCAGAUAGGCAGGGUAUCGCAAACCCCUACCUCAUCCUCACCCAUAGAUUUUCCUGUCAAUACUCAAGUCUGUUGGCGAAUAUGCUUUCCAGAAAUGCAUUAUUAGUGCUUGUCCUCUAGAAACAGAAGCUGUUCACAAGAUUCUAUUUGUACUCCUAGAGUUUAUCAAGUAUUGUAAUAGGGAGAUUUGGGGCUCCAUUUUAGGUAAACCACGAAAUCUUUCCCAGCACUAAUUUAUCCCAUUUGCACCUAGAUCAUUCAGUUACAAACUCCAAAUGUUUAGCAUUUCAGGAAGAUUUUGCAUUGAAGGGUCUGGUGUGUUAUUGAUCGGUUACAUUUGGGAACUAGAUGGGAUUGAAAUUUCAGGAUGUGUUUCAAUAACUUGCUUAAAAUUGGAAGAAUGUUACUCGGUGGGUACCCCUCUUGAUGUACUGAACUACUGAUAAAAGAAGAGACAGGUGAGUUUUCUAUUUCUUGGUUGGAGCUUCUAACUGCAGGAUUUUUGCUUAACUGAUACAUCUCUCUAGAAUUUUCAGAAAUUUAGUCUAUCCUACUAUCCAGCUAGUCUUGUCAUUGGUGAACAGUAUUGGUGGACUUGAUCCCCAGCAAGACUUAAGAGCAAGGUGUAAAAUCUUUUCUAUUCAGCAGUGUCUGGAAGAACAACAAAUCAUAUGGGUCAGAUCACUAAUGGCUUUUAUUGAUUUUCAUAAGGCAAUUACAAAAAAUAAAAAAAUAUGUUCUCAUACAUUUUUGGGUGGUGAACAUUGGUCAAAGAUGUUCUUUGAUUUUGUUUCCUUGCAUAGAAUAAUACAUUACAUGUAAUGGUGUCGUUCAAUGUGAAAAGAAUGCAUAAAAUAGAAAUUUGUGUUGCUUUUGCGGUUUGCCAUUUAUUGUAAAUCUUGACCUAAAGCUAUCUGAAGUCCAUUAGGACUACGAUUGUGUCAUCUGGUAAUUCUCCUGUUGAAUGUGUCACCAUUUGAAAAGAAAAUUAUAUUAAGCUUCAAAUUUUUGGGCAUUCAAUGUGUAUCUUCUCAUCUUCUGAGAGACCUAAUUUGGUUUGCUAGAGCUAUGUUUUCCUUGGUUGCGUUGAAAACCAGAAAAUUUUUAGGUAUUAUGUUCCUAUGUCAAAAAGACUUUGUAAUCUCAUGUCAUGGGUCUUCUACAGGAGUAUUUUGUCUGACAACUUGGUGCUUCUGAUUAUUUGUCAUACUUAUGCUGUUUUUCCAGGAUAUUUUCCAUGCUUCCUAGUAAGAGUCUACACCGAAAUAGUUCAGCAUAGAAAUCCCCAUGCAGAUUUGAAUGGGGCAUAGGAAGCUACUGGGCCUAUCACGAAAUCGGAUAUUGUUAAUCACUUGAGCUUAAUGGACAAUGGUUUAUUCUCAGUCGACCUUGAUAUUUCUGUUAGGGAUUCAUCAACGAUCUUGACAGAUUCUCGAUUUUAAUAAGUAGCAUGAGUAGAAAAAAGAUAGACAUACCAAUCGUAUGUUUAGUGGCUCUUGAAUCAAUGAUCCAGGGAGCUUGAGAUUGAGUCAUGGAAACAUGAUUUGUGAGGAUGUGGAUCUUACUGAUUGGGCAAGUUGCGACUUAGAGGAAGAGGAACGCUCAUCAUGGGUUGUCAAGUUUAAGGUCAAGAAGCUCUCUCUUGGAAAAAUAGUCACCAACUCAUCCUUAGGUAUAGACGUUGUGUGGUCACAAAGUAAAUGACCAGUAGUAUCCUGUUGCAACACAAAGUAUGACUAGUCUUCUCACUAGUCAUUGCUGUGUAGGCACAAGUUGAAUUAUGCUUAGGGCAUCCAAUGAGAUCCCAACACGUCUCCUUAGUUUGUCAAGAUUUUCCACAAUGAGCACGUUUCUAUUUAUGUUUUUCUUUGGGAGUGAAGCUUCUAGUACCACCACUAUGCACUCUACCUCAACCACCACUGUGGCCCCCACCACGACCAUCAAAAGAGUUUUAAACAAGGCCAGAUGGACCUUUCAAAUUCAACAAUAGAUGCGACCAUAAUUUCCUACAAGUUUCCCUACAUUUAAGAAAUGAAAAUACUAUCUCAAGUGAUCUGAGAUAUUCACCGCCCAAAACAUUAGAUUGAAUAGUUUCGUAUUCUAGAUUAUGACCCCCUAAAAGAUCAAAUAUCUUAUUUUAUUCCAACCUCUCUUUGCUCUUUAGCAUAACAAGAGCAGUUUAUGGGCUAAUAGUUGUUUUGGUUCAUCCGAAAGACCCCAUAGAAAAUCACCAACUCAUAGAUCUUUUGUCUGAAGUUACUAAUUUGCUGCUCCAACCCAUAAGUUUUUACAAUAUUCGUCUUCUAUAAGCAAGCUUCAAGCACUACAUUCCAUAUUCUUUUGAAGUAUUGUUAUCCAUAAAUGUAAACUCAAGUUUGGCUGCGUAGAACUUAAAAGUCAGUUGCUCAUAUUCCUAUCAUCCGCUUCCCAAUCUGCAUAAGAUGGAUCUUUAACAUUUGGUUUCACUAUACAACCAUCAGCCCUCUUUGUUUUUCCACCUAGGAGCAAUUGAACAUAUCUUGCCGACUUCAAGUACUUUGUCCCAUCAAAUUUUGUAGUAGUGAUUUGAAAGCCUGAAUACUCCACCUGAUGUUUGUUGUGACAUUAGAUCUCUUUGAAUGGUCUCUGUAAACAUACAUAGUGAAAAAAAUAAUAGUCGAUCAUAAAAUUGUGUAUGCAAGGGUUACUAUUUAAACGUCAAAUAGUUGUUGUCAGAUCUCUAUCAGUUUUCAUCUAACCAACAAGAAUCUUUUGAUUUGAUUCAAACCUCAGAUGAUUUCUCAUUAAACAAUAGCUAAGUAUUGGAUCAUCCAAUCGAUAGACCAAAAAAACCUUAUGACACUUAAACGAAAAACUGAUUUCUUGUUAGACAAAUGGCCAAGUACUGUAUCAUCAUAAUGCUCAAAAAAAUGGGAUCUACUUGGGAUAACCCUUGCUUACUUCGCAUUUUCAAGUUGUUUGGCCGUGCAACUGCUAACCUUAAUUGUACGGCUAGAGUUUUACUAGACCAAGUUCCAAAAUUAUGGACGUUGCUAUAGAUCUUCAAAUCAUGACCUUGCCCUAUAUCUCUAAAUCCAAACAUGGUUUUGUUUUCCAAGUUGAAUGUAAUAGAUUGAGACUUAGAUCUGAAUGUUAUUACAUAUCUCGUGCAAUAAGAAAAGAAGAGAAGUUAAUAGAAAAAGUGAAAGUAUAUGAUAAGGCCAUUCACCUUAAGUACAGGUUCACAAUCGUUCUUAGCUGUUAGAUGUAAAUCGGAUGACUGAAGGUAUGUCAAUGACCAGGUUCAAAGAUCAAAAGAUUUUUUUUUUUAACUUUUUCACAUAACCCUAGCCGGAUUUCAUUUCUAACAUUUAGGAGUAACUUUUUCACAUUGGACAAGUUGGGUAGAAUGUGUUGAAUUAGUCCAGUGUUUAAGAGGAAUGGCAGUCAUAUAUUAUUGACAUAAAAAAUAAAUGCAAGAACUAUAGAAAAAUUCCUUAUUUUUAAAUAUUGAGUCUCAAUUAUGCCCCUAACCAUAGUUACUAGAAUCUUCCGUCCCAGAUGGAGAUUCGGCUUUGGAAUCUCACUCCAGCGCUUCAAAUAAUGAAUUUUCAUAUAAUCCAGAUUUUUAAAUUUAGGAUUUUUGCUUCCACUUUUAGUGAAUCUUGAUUUGAGUUCCUUGGGAUCAAGGUUCAGCAACAUCAAUUCCCAGGUUUCAUAGGUGCACCGAAUCGUGAUUCGAUCACCAAGGGUUUAAAGUUUUGAUAACACGAAAUCAGGAUUCAAAUGCAAAUAUCUAGAUUUAUUAAGCUAUUAACAAAGUAUCAUACUAUUGUCUUUUGAGCAUAAGUGUCAAGCAGCAAACCAGACCAUUACAGGUAAGAUCCGCACCUCCUUCUGAAAUCCGAAUCAUAGCUCACUGCCCAUAGCCCCCAGUGUUGGGUCUUAAAGUGUCAAGCAUCUAGAGCUUGAAUAGCUUGAGCUUGACAUCCCUAUCUUAAGGCAGAAGAUCCUCUUUUAGGCAUGAAACUAAGCUUUAAAUCCCACACAAACAUUGGUUUUCUUUGUAUAUCGAUUAAUUUCUUUAAGUGUGCAUUUUAAUGGUUUAAUCUAGUGACUAAGUCUAAAAACUAAAAAAUGAUGUACAUUUACGUGUGUGGUAUGUCAGUUGAACAUGUGACUUUUGUUCCAAGUUGCAUGUCUUGCACUA